AUGAAAUCCGCCAUAUUUCUGGAGCAGGAGCGGCCUUCUAAACCCCGAGGGUUUCGCCGUUCGCUUUCGCUGAAAAAGGCAAAGUCUCUGCUGCCCUUUUCGCCGUCUACAGCACCUUCCAACUCGCCAGCACCUACCACGCCCGUUCUGGCUCCCAAGACGUUGCCGUGGAACGUCGACGAUAUGGUAUCGCUGUACGUCACGCUGGGACAGCUACCGCAACUUCUCUCGCCGACAUUGCCACCCCAAUUCGCCAAACCAGACUUUAUGGGGUCCUACGAAAACGACGAAAACGACCCGUCUGAUAACGACGACGAGCCGUCCAGACUGAGCAAUGGCUCGGAUAUCGACAACUUGCCCAUUCUGCUUCUUUCGCCCACGCUACCGACGAUGUUCGAGCCCAAGGCGGAAAACACGCCUGAGGUUCAGGGGAAACUGCCCAAGAAGGCUUCACCCAGGGGCAGGGUGCGUUUCAUCAACAAACUCAGCGACCCGAAGAAGCCACGUUUCCUCGUUAGAAUGUCGCUACCGCUGGCGGCGCUCAGAAACGUUCACCCUAAACCGCUCAAGGGGUUGGGCAUCAUAGAGGCUGGCUCGAAACCCAGCAGCCCUGGCCAGAAGAAGGAGCCGGUGCUUUUCUGGCAAAAACAGGCCAAAUCCGCCAGCGCCCAUGCUGACCGCGUCAGGGCCAAAGACCCGCUUUUCUCCGUCGUGAUCCAGUUCGACUGGAUGCUCUGCCUAGCGAUUGCUAGUGACUACGAGGAAAAGGCCACAAGCAGCAGCGCCGAGCGCAUCUGGGGCGUCUACGUUGACGGCAUCCCGCCGUUUGUUUCUCGUAUCGAGAAGUACAUCAAGACACACAACGUCCAGGACAAGAAAAAGGCGUAUUUGACGUUUCUUGUGGGCGUUCUCACCAACCUCAAAGCGCUUGCAAUCAAGCGUAUAACCAAGAGUCUCCGGAACGCUGCCGAGACUCUGGACUCCAGAAACAAGACCGUCGAGCUUCAAGCUCAAAUCAUCGACCACCAUCAAACAAUUUCAGAAACACUCGCUGAAGCACAAUCGUUUUUCACACUUUGCCCUUCUCCAUCCACAGUUUUCCCCAAAAGCUGGCACAAUAGAGCCACGCCGGUUCAAAAAGCCAACACCGAUCUACCGCUUCAUCCAGCUCUGGACAAGUACUACGCUCCUCUAGGGUGCUACUCAGACCUACGGGAUGCCUGUGGAUAUCUAUAUUGCUGUCUCCGGGAUGAAUGA